CUCUUAAGCCACGCCCCCUCCGUUCCCCGCCCUGAGUUCCUGGCGGGAGCGGAGUGCGGGCGCGAUGGCGCGGGGUGAACGGGAGACGCUGUUGGCGAUUCAACGGGCGCUGACGGACGAGCAGUUCCAGAGCCUCAAAUUCCUACUGGAAGAGCGCGUGCCGUUGGCUGAGCUCCUGCCGGCUUCGCGCCCCGACCUCUGCCGCCUCCUUCUCCAACGCUUCCCGGGUCAGGCCCUACACAUCACCGCCGACCUCCUGCGGCAAAUCGACCGCCAUGACCUCCUCCGCCAAUACCAGCUCCCCGGCGCCGAGGAUGAGAACCUCAACUGGAACGGGGCCACCAACAGCUUCUCCAAGAACGAAGACACCAUUGGUUCCUCCAAGAACGAAGACGCCGUUGGUUCCUCCAAGAACGGCUCCACCACCGUUUCUUCUGCUCCAUCACGAUGCGACGAUGCCAACGUGGUCCAUCGCGUUGUGUCCUCCCCGCUUGCGUUUCCCGGACCUCCUCGGCGCCUGACGGAGAAGGAGUUGAUGCAGAUCGCCCAAAAACUGGGCAAAGAAUGGCAGGAGGUGGGAAUCAUCUGCCUGGGCUUGGAAAGGAACCGCUUGGAUCAAAUCCGGGAGGACAACCCGCGCCACGUGGUCCUCCAGAGCUUCGAGAUGCUGCGGGAAUGGCGGCGGCGACAGAAAGACGACGCUACGGCACCACGGCUCCGCGCUUGCUUGGCCGCCGCCAGCCUCGAUCCGGAGCUCCUCGACCUUCUCCAGAGCUUCCAGAAGGACUGAGAGAAACGAUGAGGGCUACUUGGGGGCCCUCCAAUCGCCUCCCGCCCGGCGCGACGCGGAAAAGAGAGCAGUAAAAGUGGUUUUAUUUCUUGGAUGUGGGGUUGGAUGCCAUCUCCUGAGCGUCUUUAUUCCGGAUUGGA